UCUCCUUAGGAGUAACAGAACAGUGCCCCUAUAUUUGCCUAUUUGGUACCUGUUCGUAGUUCUAGCUUACCGACUCUCUAUUUUCCAUCCAUUUUUUGCGGUUAUUUUACCUCUCUUUAUUCUGCCUCUAGAGAUGGUGCAACAAAAAGUGGUUCUCAAAAUUCUGGCCAUGAAUGAUGAGAAGACCAAGCAGAAAGCAAUAGAAGCUGCAGCUGAUAUCUAUGGCAUCGACUCAAUAGCUGCGGAUCUGAAGGAGCAGAAGAUGACCAUCAUCGGAGAAAUGGAUACGGUGGCAAUCGCGAAAAAGCUGAAGAAAAUAGGGAAAAUUGAUAUACUCUCAGUCGGACCAGCUAAAGAAGAGAAGAAGGAUGACAAGAAGGAUGACAAGAAGGAUGCCAAGAAGUAGUAUACUCAAUCCUGCAUGCCGAAGUGAGGACUUGAACAAUUAGUUCUGUUUGUAGUUUGACCCUCUCUGCUCAUAUAACCAUUAUCGACUUUGCUUUAGCAUUGUGUAAUAGAUAUUGGUUGCAGCUCCUAAUGAAUUUGAAAUUUCCUCAGAAAGAACAAGAUGAAUACUGAAAUAUAUGCUUCAUUUUUACCGUAUAAUA